CUACCACAACACCAACACCUGCACACUUCCACCUUGACCAAGUGCACAUACCGAACGUAAACAAACAUGGAUGGGAUUCCUGCGCUCCUUGCUGGUACCUUGAACACAGCUACGGCCAAGUCUGCUGAGGAAGCUUUAAAGUCUUGUGAGUAUCAGGACCGCACCUUCCCCAUUCAAUUGCUGGAACUGGUGAACAAUGACUCUUGUGAAGUGAGUAUUAAGCUCGCAGCCUCUCUCUACUUUAAAAAUUACGUUCGUCGUCAUUGGGACGCAGAGGAUGAUGCUUCUAUCAGAAUUAGUGACAAUGAUAAAGAGCUCAUCAAGAGCGAGCUUGUUAAUCUUAUGAUGAAGAGCCCAACACUAAUCCAAGUCCAACUUGGUGAGGUCAUCAGUUACAUCGCGAAUUAUGACUUUUACGAAAAAUGGGACUCUCUUUUGCCAGACUUGAUUUCCCGACUUUCUCCUACGGACAUGACCGUCAACAUUCCUGUUCUGUCCACGGCACAUGCCAUUUUUAAGCGUUGGCGCCCACAAUUCCGCUCGGACGAGCUUUUCCUUGAAAUUAAGUAUGUGCUCGAUCGUUUCUGUGAACCCUUUCUGGCUUUGUUCACACAAACAACCGCAUUGCUGCAAAGUGCACCAGUACAACAGGAUCCCACUGCCCUCGAGCUUGUUCUCCGCGUUGUCUUGCUCGAGUGUAAAAUUUUUUAUGACCUAAACUGUCAGGAUAUCCCCGAGUUCUUUGAAGAUCACAUGGACGACUUUAUGAAUGCAUUUCUUUAUUACUUCACUUAUACCAAUCCUCUGCUCGAAACAAACGAUGAUGCUAUUGAGACGGUCAUCAAAGUCAAGGCCAGCAUCUGUGAAAUUGUCGAGCUCUAUACCCUUCGUUAUGAAGAAGUCUUUACUAAGCUCACAGACUUUGUCAACGUUACAUGGACUAUGCUGACUUCAAUGAGUCAGGACGAGAAAUUCGAUCUCCUCGUGGGAAAAGCAAUGGCUUUCUUGACUUCGGUCAUUCGUGUCCGCCGACAUGCAGAAUUCUUCUUGCAGGAUGGAGUGUUACAGCAAUUUGUCGAGCUUGUUGUCCUUCCUAACAUUUGUCUUCGCGAAUCAGAUGAGGAGAUGUUUGAGGACGAUCCAUUAGAGUAUGUUCGCCGUGACCUUGAGGGAUCCAGCAGCGAUUCUCGCUCCCGUUCUGCUGUUGAUCUUGUUCGUGGACUGUUGGAUCACUUUGACCAACAAAUCACUGCUGUCAUCUCUAAUCACAUUACACAAAACCUUCAAGAAGCUGGCACUAAUCCAGCUCUCAAUUGGGGUAAAAAAUAUGCUGCCUUACAACUUUUUUCAGCCAUCGCUAUUAAGGGUCAGUCUGCAAAGUUGGGUGUCACAUCCGUCAACCUUAUGGUUGAUGUCGUCAGCUUCUUUGAAAACUUUAUUAAGCCUGAUUUGGCUCAGCCAUUGGGCAACGUUCAUCCUAUGGUUGUUACGGAAGAAAUUAAAUUUGUCUUCACCUUUAGAAACCAGUUAUCUUCUGAACAACUUCUCCAAAUUUUGCCCGUAAUUAUGGGAUACUUACAAUCGCCUAGCUUUGUGGUUCAUACUUACUCUGCUAUCGCUAUCGACCAACUCUUGACCGUGAAGCAUAAACAUGUGCACAUUUUCACACACCUCCAUAUUGCUCCUCAUUUGCAAGGUGCUUACAAUCAAUUGUUCAUGCUCAUUGAAUCAGCCGAUACCCCACAAAAGCUCGCUGAAAAUGAUCAUUUAAUGAAGGCCAUCAUGCGUUUGACCAUUAUUGCCAGCGAGGCUGUCCUUCCUACCGCUUCCUUUUUGCUUGAGCACAUCUGCAAAGUUACAACUGAGGUGAGCAAGAACCCUUCCAAUCCUAAAUUCAAUCACUAUCUUUUUGAGACAAUUGGUGCUUUAAUUCGUAACCUUUCCGCUACAGGUCCUUCUACUUUAAACCAAUUGGAAACAGCUUUGUUCCCUGUUUUCCAAUUCAUUCUUGCGGAGGAUGUUGUUGAAUUCAUUCCAUAUGUUCUUCAAUUGCUCUCACAACUUAUUGAGGCAAACGCCAAUGCACCUCUUCCCGACUUCGUUGUUAGUCUCAUCCAACCCUGCCUUGCUCCUGCCUUGUGGGAUUCAAAGGGUAAUAUUCCUGCUUUGGUUCGUCUCUUGCAGGCCACUAUAAGCAGGGGUCCUCAACUUUUCGUCACAAACAAUUAUGUUGAACCUGUUCUCGGCAUUUACCAGCGUCUUAUUUCAUCUCGGGUUAACGAUGUUCACGGUUUCAACUUAUUGGAAAAGGUCCUCACCGUUUUCGAUGCGAAUACCCUCUCUCCUUACAUCAAUCACAUUUUCUUCCUUAUAUUGGCACGUCUUCGCAACUCCAAAACAGAGCGCUUUGUUCUUCGGUUGACUGUCUUUAUUUUCUAUCUGGCGUCGAUGAGCACGGGUUAUGCGGGUCCCGAAAAUAUUAUUAAGGGUAUCGAUGGCGUCCAAGCUGGUGUUUUUGGACAAAUUAUGACAGCUUUUAUCCUUCCCGAAACCCAAAAGAUUGCCGUAGCCUUGGAUCGAAAAAUCGUUGCUGUUGGUGCUACACAUUUCCUGAAGUGUGAAGCAUUUAUUGCCCCAGGGGCACCUUACGAACGUCUUAUUAUUCCUCUGCUUGGUGCUAUCUUGAAGCUGUUUGAGCUUCCUGUUGAGCAAGCAAAGGGUGAUGAGGACUUAACUGAUGCUAUUGAUGCUGAUGAUUUAUCGUUCCAAGCUUCAUUCUCUCGUCUAGUUACUACUGGAGGAAAAAGAAUUGAUCCAUUCCCUCAAGUCACUGAUCCCAAGCAACACCUUGCCCUUGAGAUGAACACAAUUAACAAGCAUACUGGAAACAGAUUGUCUCAGAUCGUUUCCACUCAAUUACCAGGCGAUGGUCAAAGUGUGCUUCAAUCUUAUGGUUUUGUACUUUAAAAGUAACGGUUGGUAAAUUAUAAAAAAAAUGUCCAAUAAAUGUUCAACGAAGGAAAAGACUUGUCGUUCUAUAUUUUGCUUAAGUUUGAAUAUAUUGCAAAGUGACGGCAACGACUACGAACACUUAAUACAAAGUACGCAUUUGUAUAGGUCAAAAAGAAUAUACGGGAUCAGAAACAAGAUGAAUGCAAAUUUUGAAUGUGUCGGAAAUGAGCAUCAUUAUUAUUUUGAUUGUAAAAACAUUUUCCUAGGAUUACCAAAAACGGUUUGGAACCAUUGUUCUUUAGACGCAUUACGUCGUACAUGGCGCAAGAGGCGAAUUAUUGUUCCUGGUUUAAUUCCAGAAAUUUGUUUCAACUGAGCUAAUGAUGAUGGUUUUAUACAUUGUAAGAGGUUUAUUUCUUCUGUCGAAAUGCCGCCGAUGCUAAACCGUGUUAGUAGAUUAAAUGGGUAAAAGUAACAUACGCAGUGUAGUCAACAUCAUUAGGGAUGAUGGUUGCCUCUUCUCGAAAGUUUAGGAAACGAUUCUCUGACUCUUGUUGCUCAAUAUAAGUAGUAUAGAGUGCCUCCACAAGUAUUCGAUUGAGUUGUGUCUGAGAAAGCUCCUUCGUGGAAGGAAUUAGCUUUAAAAGACGCAUACGAUCAAAAGUUGGAUUUCGCAAUAAUUCCCAUAGGGUACGAUGUUUUCCAUCCUGAUUAACAGUGUAGCCCAACUGCUUCCAUUCAUGAGCUGUCAGUGAAAACUCUUUUGCGGCCUCUAUAACUUUUUGUCUCUGCUUUAACAUUGAUUGAAAUAGUGUAUAUCGAUUUGGAUUGUUGUCCAAAAGACCAAUAUUUUUUGCUAAAGGAGUAAGACGCUCAUCAGCAUUAUCAGCGCGAGUUGUUAAGCGAUAUUCACUCCUUGAAGUAAACAUCCUGUAGGGUUCAGUCACGCCUUUCGUUACAAGAUCAUCAACAAGAACGCCAAGCAUAGCAACUUUUCUCGGGAUCACUACAAGCUCUUCGUUCUUUGUGUAUUUAGCAGCAUUUAUUCCCGCCAAUACACCUUGAGCAGCAGCUUCUUCGUAGCCUGUUGUUCCGUUAAUUUGUCCAGCAAGGAAGAGACCAGAUACUAACUGGGUCUCCAAGGAUGCAUUCAGUUGCAGGGGAUCUAAAUAGUCAUACAUAACUCCAUAAGCGGGUUGAACAAUCACAGCAUCUUUCAAUCCAGAUAUACUGCGAAUAAGCUGUAACUGAACAUCUUCGGGUAAGGAAUUGCUCAAGCCAUUUGGAUACCAUAACGCAUCUUCAUCAAAUCCUUCUGGCUCAAGCCAAACAAUAUGGCGUUCUCUUAAUGGAAAACGUACAAUCUUCGUCUCAAUUGAAGGACAAUACCGUGGUGAAUUAAUGUGAACGGCCGCCAUAUGAGGGGCUAAGUGCAUGUUUUUUCGAACAAUUUCGUGCGUAGUUGCAUUAGUGUAAGUCACAUAACAAGGCCUCUGGGGAAGAGAUGGUUGAAAAUUAUCUCUGGAAUUCAAAUAACUAAAAGGUGCGGGUUGAUCAUCACCAUAUUCAGGAAUCAUUUUCGUGAUAUCAAUGGAAUGUGAAGCUAAACGUGGCGGCGUCCCCGUUUUCAAACGCUUGAUGCGAAAGCCUAGCUUACGAAGUGUAUCGGAAAGAGCACAUGAUGGGUUCUCUCCAAUUCUUCCGCCUGGAAUUGAUUUGUGCCCAAUAUGGAGUUCAGCAGAUAAAAACGUUCCCGUGGCAAUAACGACACUGGUAGCGUCAAAUUUGGUUCCAUCGGCAAGAAGGACAUUUGAUAUGAAAGGCUUAUCUGCGCCGGUUGUAUUUACGUUGAUGUCUACAACAUCACCUUCUAUGAUUUGAAGCAAUUUCAAGUCAUAACUGGCAAGCGUACUCUGCAUAUUCCGUUGGAAGGCUUUCCGAUCCAUUUGAGCUCGAGGACUCCAAACAGCAGGACCUUUCGAGCGAUUAAGGAGACGAAACUGAAUUGCAGACUCAUCACAGACUCUUCCGACAACACCAUCUAAGGCGUCUAUUUCACGCAAAAGUGUUCCUUUACCAAUCCCACCAAAUGCUGGAUUGCAGCUCAUUUUACCAAUAUCCCUCUUCGACUUUGUAAUAAGCCAUGUUUUUACGCCAGAACGAGCAGAUGCAGCUGCAGCUUCAACACCGGCAUGUCCACCUCCUAUGACAAUGACCUUCUUGUUACAAAUCAGUGAUGAUGUUUGAAAGUGCCUUUUCGCCAGAGUAGCACCAAAUCUUGAGUAGGAUUUACGCAUGAGCAUUGAGUGGUGCACUAAUAUCCACAAAAAGAGAGAAUGUGAUAAUUCUUUGUCGACUUUGAUAAAUGUUGCUUUUUUCUAUUUUUUUUCUUUAAGAUUUUAAGAAGUCGAAGGGAGAACAGAUUUUCUUCAGUUCCCUUAAUUACUGUGUUCCUUCCAAUAGAAACAUCAAAAUUCACUUAAAGUCUUUUGGCAAAUUGAGUCUUGUAAGAAAUUAAAAAAACGAAACCUGAUUGAGGCUGCUACAAAGAACAAGUCCUAGAUACUUCUUAGACGUUUUAAAAGGUACUCGUUACCUUCUGAAGAAGAGCAAUAGUUGUUUAAGUAACGCUUUAGUUACAUGAAUAAGUCGGUAGGUGGGAGUGACAAGACAAGUAGGAUGAAAGAAUCAUGAAUCCCAAAUUCAUUUUCAAAAAAACUGCUGUUAUUGUCAUAAGUUCAUUGUCGGGAGUACAGAUUUGAAUUCCAUGAAAGUAAAAACAACACAGUUAGCAAAUUAGGGUUUGCCUAAUUGAGACGUCUCAUUUUGUUCACUUUAAAAGUGGAAUGACAGGUGGUACAUUGAUCCCUAGGAGAACAAAAUACUACAUGGUAUAGUGUUAGAUACAUGCUCGAAAUAAAACGAAAACAUUUGUAGAAUAGCUUAAGUUCAACCAUUUUUGACUUACUCGAUAGACAAACGGAACAGACGUAACCAAUAUCUAAAAUCUUUUUGUG